UAUAGUUAGUGGAAAUUCUAUUUAGAGAGUGGAAACUAUAUCGACAUCCGUGAUAUUAACAUUUAAAAAAAGAAAAGCUAAUGGAAGAUGAAAACAAAGUUACUCUACAUGGAAUGUGGAUUAGCAGUUACGCGAAGAAAGUGGAGUUGGCUCUCAAAAUCAAAGGCAUAACUUUUGAUUAUGUUGAAGAAGAUUUGAGCAACAAAAGUUCUCUGCUUCUCAAAUAUAAUUCCGUUUAUAAGAAGGUUCCAGUAUUACUUCACCGUGGAAGACCUGUUUCUGAGUCCCUUGUAAUUCUUGAAUACAUCGAUGAAACCUGGAAAAACCAACCACGAUUCUUACCAGAAGAUCCUUAUGAAAGAGCCACAGUUCGUUUCUGGGCUACUUACUGCCUUCAGAUAUCAGAUACCAUGAAGAAAGCAUUCAUUUCAGCCCAAGAAGUUGACAAGGACAGAGCAUUUGAUGAGUUCUUUGAGAAACUUCAAGUGAUGGAAGAAGGAAUGAAAGAUUUUUUCCCAGGGGAAAGGUCUAAUAUCUGCGCUGAGACUAUGGGACUUUUAGAUAUAAUAAUUGUGGGUUCACUUGGUACAUAUAAAGCAGCAGCAGAAGUACUCAGAAUGAAGAUUUUGGAUCCUCAAAGGAAUCCAUUUAUAUAUUCAUGGGUGAAUACUCUACUUGAGCUGCCUUUGGUGAAACAGACUCUUCCUCCACAUGACAAGGUGGUUUCAAGACUUGAGUUCAUUAAGCAAAAUGGCUUUACGUUUCAAACCAAUAUUUGAAAUGGUAAUAGGACUUAUCACUUAUGGUUUGUAUGAUGAAUAUGUUUGCUUCUUGAUGAUUAACUGUAACUCAAUAUUGCUUCAACUUCUUAGUGAAUCUUAGAACCUAAA